GAGACUCCCUCCCGGCAUCGGCCAGUGAGUACACAAAGCCGCGGAUGAGGGGAAGCUUCGCAGGCGUGCUCGGAGCAGUGAGAUCACUGGCGUUAUAAAUAUCCCGGUGCCAGCGCCGAGAUCCGCUCGGGUGGCCUCUCUCUCCCCCUCUCCCUCUCUCUUCCCCGAGGCUAUGUCCACCCAGCGCGGCGAGGGGGGCAGCGCCAGAGGCACGCAGCCGCGUGGGGGCUACGGAGCCCAGUGCCAGCCCUACAAGAUGCACUUAGGACCCCCGCGGCUGGAAGAAUGAGCUUGUCCUUCCUCUUCCUCCUCUUCUUCAGCCACCUGAUCCUCAGCGCUUGGGCUCACGGGGAGAAGCGUCUCACUCCCAAAGGGCAGCUCGGACCCUCCGCCACUGAUAGGAACCAGGGAGACUCCAGCAGCAGCCGGGGCAGGAGUAGCACGACGUCUUCUGCCUCCUCUUCUCCCGCGGCUUCUCCCGGCAGCCAAGGAAGCGGCUUGGAGCAGAGCAGUUUCCAGUGGAGCCCUUCGGGGCGCCGGACCGGCAGCCUCUACUGCAGAGUGGGCAUAGGCUUCCAUCUGCAGAUCUAUCCGGAUGGCAAAGUCAAUGGCUCCCACGAAGCCAAUAUGUUAAGUAUUUUGGAAAUAUUUGCUGUGUCUCAGGGGAUUGUAGGAAUACGAGGAGUUUUCAGCAACAAAUUUUUAGCGAUGUCAAAAAAAGGAAAACUCCAUGCAAGUGCCAAAUUUACUGAUGACUGCAAGUUCAGGGAGCGAUUUCAAGAAAACAGCUAUAAUACCUAUGCUUCUGCAAUAUACAGAACUGAAAAGACAGGGCGCGAGUGGUAUGUGGCCCUGAAUAAAAGAGGGAAAGCAAAGCGAGGCUGCAGCCCACGGGUUAAACCUCAGCAUGUAUCUACCCACUUCCUGCCAAGAUUCAAGCAGUCGGAGCAACCAGAACUUUCUUUCACAGUCACUGUACCGGAAAAGAAAAAGCCACCUAGCCCUGUGAAACCCAAAGUUCCCCUGUCUCCACCUCGCAGAAGUCCCAGCACAGUGAAGUACAGGCUGAAGUUCCGCUUUGGAUGACACUCAUUCUGGCCUUGUGAGGAACUGCUUUUCCACCACUCAAGUUUCUACAGGUGUCUUCAGAGAUCCGAAGAAGGCUUGGAAACAGCGUCCACUGCACUCACACUGUCUGGAAGUCAGGCCAUUUGUUCAUUUUGACUGGAACAAAGAUUUUUUUUUUUUUUUUUUUUUUUUUUU